AUGUGCUUUCGGAGCAGGGUCUCCCCCGAUUCGGGGGGGGGGAGGCAUCAGGCUAACGAGCGGGGGUGGGCUAGGCAGAGGAUACUCUGGGAAGGUGACUGACACCACGAGCGCAGGUCAUUCCGGGGAGGUGCAGAAGGGGACUGAAAUUAAAGUCCACGCUUUAGGGCCCGGCCCCCGCAGGGUGCCUGCGCUCACCCCAGGGAUGGAUCGGGCCCCUUUAUUACUGGACGGCGCCUGAGAGCCCAAGGCUGUGAUGCCACCCUCGAGACAGCCUCUCGGCUUCUCCCCGGUGCCCCUUUGGCAUUGGCCGAGCCAGCGGGGCCCUCCGCCAACCCCGCUGCGGGCAUGCGGGGCGCAGUGUAGCCCGCGGGACUUGGGCUGCCGCCCCAGCCCAGCAUGUCGGCCCCCUGGAGGCCGGUGGGGCGCAGAGGGGUGGAUUCUCCCUGGCUCCUAGGCGGCGCGGCUCCGCAGCUAACGCCACGCGAACGCUCGGGCUGCUGCGCGGGGAAGCUCCGCGAGUCUCCUUACAGAACAGCCUCGCCAGCAUCCAGGGGCUGCACGGGACCCGCCCGGCCGGGCCCGCCGCUGCCUCCAGCACGGGGAGACAAGAAGCACCAGCCGCCCCCGGCUUCUGUGGCCAGGAGCGGAGCCGGACGGAGCAGAUUGGGAGCCGGAUGCUUUUCCUGCCUCGGCCGGCUCUGGAAUUGCUCCUACUAAUACGACGUCGGGAACGGGCAGAGCCGCUUUCUGUGCCAAGUAGCCUUCUUAUCCCCCCCGCCUCCUCCCACCCUCCUCCUGGUCUCCUCGCCGGCGAAGCCAGCUCGCAGCUGCUGCUCCCCGGGAACUCAUCAUGAAGGAGGCGACGAGAAAGAGCCCAGGAAACAACCGCUACUUCUGGCCUUUAGCUCCUUCUUUGUGGCCCGGAACCGUUGGGUUGAGGUGAGGGCGAUGUGGGUCGAGUCCGGGAGCGCAGAGAUCCAUGGUUUUACCCUGCGCCUCCUCCAGCUUUGUUUAAACUGGAGCUGGGAGAGAUUUCCCCCUCCCCCCGAUUAGAUCCCGUGCACAUGUUGUACACCAGCUAACAUCUCAGCUGAAAGCCAUCAGAGAGAUAGACAGAGCUAGAGGAGGAGGUGGUGACUGGGAGGGAGCUGUUCAUCCCCCUUGAUUACCCCCUUGCCAGUCCCUCCUGCACACUUAGAGCUUUGUAUCUUUGCGCAUUUUGUAUGUAAUAAAUUGGUGAGCUCAUGGUGUUUUCCUUUCGUCUCUGCUUGAUCAGUCCCAGGAGAAGAAUGGUAACACGAACAGCAUCAGAGUGUGAAAAUAUUGUCCGGGAGGGAGAGGAACCGAGCGGUGGUGAAUGCACUUUGCGAUACGAUAACAGUGCCUAGAAGGGAGGAGGGUUACAAACUCCCCCUGUGAACUGUGAGGAUUGGUGGUGACUCGAGGCUUGUAACAAAAGUUUAUUCUAACCGACUCCCAGUUUGGGGGUGACGCGGAGAGACUGAGGGGAAAGGAAAUUGGCCCUGGGAGCAAGGAAUAGCUCAUCUUCUUCUAUAUAUGCUGCCAUUUGCCAUGAAGAGAAAACAGAAGAGAUUUUUGCAAAUGACGUUGUUGUUCAUGGUGGCUUUAAUUUUCCUGCCUAAUAUUGGUCUGUGGUCUUUGUACAAGGAUAAACACCUGGUGAAAUCCCCAGAGCCAGGAGAGCAGCAGACAUUUCCACUGGGCCUGGGAGAUGGACAGCUCUAUGCCUGGACGGAUGGCUUGAAAAGAAAGGACUGGCAUAACUAUGAAAGUAUUCAGAAAGAUGCUAUGCGUACAGGGAAAGGUGAGCAUGGAAAGCCAUAUCCUCUAAUGGAGGAUGACCGAGAUGAUUCUGCUUAUAGGGAGAAUGGCUUCAACAUACUUGUUAGUAACAACAUAGCCCUGGAACGAUCACUGCCAGACAUUCGACAUCCAAACUGUAAGCACAAGGUAUACUUGGAAAAGUUGCCAAAUACUAGCAUAAUUAUCCCAUUUCAUAACGAAGGAUGGACUUCACUCUUGCGAACCAUAUACAGCAUUAUCAACCGGACUCCAGACAUCCUCAUAGCUGAAAUCAUUCUUGUGGAUGACUUCAGUGACAGAGAACACUUGAAAGAGAAGUUGGAGGAGUACAUGGCCCGUUUUACCAAAGUGAGGAUUGUGCGCACCAAGAAACGAGAAGGGCUGAUUCGGACCAGAUUGCUAGGAGCCUCGAUGGCUAAAGGAGAAGUCUUGACGUUCCUGGACUCCCAUUGUGAAGUCAACGUGAAUUGGCUGCCUCCAUUGCUUAACCAGAUUGCACUAAACCGCAAAACCAUUGUGUGUCCCAUGAUCGAUGUCAUUGACCACAAUCACUUUGGCUAUGAGGCACAGGCGGGGGAUGCCAUGCGAGGAGCCUUCGACUGGGAAAUGUACUACAAAAGAAUACCGAUUCCUCCAGAGCUCCAGAGGUCUGAUCCCAGUGACCCCUUUGAGUCUCCUGUUAUGGCUGGAGGUCUGUUUGCUGUUGACCGAGAGUGGUUUUGGGAGCUCGGUGGCUAUGAUCCAGGCUUAGAAAUAUGGGGAGGAGAGCAGUAUGAAAUCUCCUUUAAGGUUUGGAUGUGUGGAGGUGGCAUGUUUGAUGUUCCAUGUUCUAGAGUUGGACACAUUUACAGAAAGUAUGUCCCUUAUAAAGUUCCAUCUGGAACCAGCCUGGCACGAAACCUGAAGCGUGUGGCGGAGACAUGGAUGGAUGAGUUUGCAGAGUAUGUUUACCAGCGGCGGCCUGAGUACAGGCAUCUCUCAACAGGAGAUAUCUCAGCCCAGAAGGAGCUACGCAAGCACCUUAAAUGCAAGGACUUCAAGUGGUUCAUGGCUGCAGUGGCAUGGGAUGUCCCUAAAUAUUACCCUCCUGUGGAGCCCCCACCUGCUGCCUGGGGGGAGAUUCGAAAUGUGGCAGCCAAUCUCUGUGUGGACAGUAAACAUGGGGCCACAGGGACGGAGCUGAGGCUAGAUGUUUGUGUGAAGGACGGCUCAGAACGGACAUGGUCGCAUGAACAGCUCUUUACCUUUGGUUGGAGAGAAGACAUCCGCCCCGGGGAACCUCUUCACACCAGAAAAUUCUGCUUCGAUGCCGUUUCGCACAGUAGCCCUGUCACACUGUAUGACUGUCAUGGCAUGAAGGGUAACCAGCAUUGGAGCUAUAGGAAGGACAAAACUUUGUUCCAUCCGGUAAGCAACAGCUGCAUAGAUUGCAACCCAGCUGAGAAGAAGAUUUUCAUGAACAGAUGUGAUCCUUUAUCUGAAACUCAGCAGUGGAUUUUUGAACAUAUUAAUAUGACUGUUUUAGAAAAAUUUAACAGCAAGGCCAGUUCCUAGGGAAAAAUACAGAUUACAUACAGAUUGCAAACUACAUUUUGGCCAGCAUCUGGGUCGAAGGAGUCAGGAAUUAAAUUUCCUAGAUCCAGGAAGUCUUUUCUGAGGAUUAAGCAAAUGCCACAGCAAAGGCCAAUGGGCUGUCAUUGUGGAUGUACAGUAUCUGAAGAACUUGGCUGAGAGCCUCACCAGAUGCUGCUGAGAACUUCAGGCUGACAAUUCCCUUGCUGGCCAAGGGAAAACUUUAUUUAAAAAACUUUUCAAAACAUUCUGAGUUAAUAAAUUGAAACAAAAUUCUAGAGUUUCUCAGGUCAAAUCCUGCUGUAGUGAGUAGUUAUGAAUGGAUGCUAUUAGUUGGGGGUGGGUAUAUGGUGUGCAUGACUACUAUGUGAACCUGCAGAAAUCACAGGUUAAGAACUAACCCACACUGGUGGAAUGCUAACAGUCCCCAGCACUCCAGACAAAUUAUAUGAUCUGGUGCCAUUCUCUUAAUAAAGGUUAGGUUAAGCGGGAUUAACCCUCAGAUUGCUGAUGAUGAUUUUAAACACUUCCCCAUUACAUUCCUUUCAUUACCAAAAUAGGAAUGGUAGAAAUAUAAGGGUUUAGAAUUAUGUUGUAAUGAAGCAUGAAAUAGACUUCUAAGGUUUCAAAAGUCCCAUUUCUCCUCAGCAUUUGAAAAAAAAUAAAUCCAUCAAAGCAAUUAAAUCAGAUUUCGAUAUAUGAUACAACCUACCUAACACUCAUCAACUUGAUUCAAAUCUAGCCUUCAUCUAAAUUAAAGGCCAAAAGAUUAACAAGGCUACUAAAUCUUUAAGACAUUCAAUAGCAGGUAUAUGCACCAAUAAUAGCAGCACAAUGCAAGGUUUGCAGAAAGGAUUUCCCCUGGAAAUCUAUAUUUACUUUUCCAGUAUUUUUAUUAAAACUAAAAUUGCUUUAAAUCAAAUCAAAAUAUUCAGAGACAUAAGAGGCAUCAUGAGUAACAGGCUAAUUGUUUAUUGUAAAUCAUAGAGACUUAUAGUCAAAUAAGCAUUGGUACACUGGCAUCAGCUAAAAAGUGUUGGCUCCCUGCAGUGCAGCUUACAGGAUCCUGCAGGAAUUUAGGGAGAGGGGGUGUUUUUGUUUUUUGCAAGGAGGUGGGGAGUCCUGUAAAACUAGUUAGCUCUUUUGCAGAUAACUUGAUGAAAUCAUUUAAAAAACUGUGACUGUGCCACAGUUUUCAGCUAAGGCAUUGUAAAUUUCUGGAUGGGGCAGUUAGGAAAUGAAAGCAAGUAUAAAAUUCAAAAAAAGUUCAGUAUUUUCACCUUUUAGUAGUAUAAACAAAACUAUCCAACCCACCACAAAAUUUUCUUGCACUGAUUAUCGUUGUGGCGUAUAGUGCCCAUCAGCUCUUACAUAUUUUUGGCACGGUUGGGGGAGAGUUAGUGGGUUAAAAAUUUGUUUAGAGAGGCCUGUUCUUCCUCAGUGGAAAUCAAUGAGUACCAAUGUGGGCCAUAGUAGAGAGUUCUGGAAUUUCUAAAAUUAAGAGCACAUUUAAAUGGCCUGGUUUUACUUGAAACCUGAACCAACAGAUGAAAGCAACAUGAAUGCAGACAUUAAAGCCUACAAGAGAUGACUGUAAUAGCACUUGUCACUUUCAAAAAUAUGUAUGAAAUUAAUCUGAAAACUUUGUCUUAUGUUGCUAGAAAUGUGGCCAACUAACCAAAAUGUUCAUAUUUAAACUGUCCAGCCUGACAGUUGAAGGUGAUUUUGUUUUGUUUAUUGCUCUUUCAGCUGUAUCUGUGAUGAUGACUGUUAUCCACACUUGUGUGCUGUUUGCGACUAUGGCUUCCAAACCUUAGGUCAUAGGCACAUUUUAGGAGGAGCAUGUCAGAUUGGAGCCUUCAGGAUGCAUGUCCUGAAAAAUCAAUUGUAUGAAUUACAACUGUAUGUUGGAGAAUUGCAGCAAGUGAGUAAAGAUCUAUUUCAAAUGUUCAAGGAGCAAUCUGUCUGUAGAGUUAAACUAUUCCCAUUAUGUCUUUAAAUAUGUUACUGUUCAGACUUAAUUUGAAGACUCACUACACUGCACAUGGAAGACAAGACCCCAGAUUUUAACCUUAGGGUCUUUUACACCUGAGCCGAGGAGAGGUUGAUGAUAAUCUGAGUUUUCAUCAGAAAGGGUUUUUUUGUUUUUUGGGGUUUUUUUUAUAUAGCUACCUGUAGUUAGACCCCGACUGGUCAUUACAGACUGUCAGCCCUCUCAGCUGCAGGACUCAUAGCACAAUUCAUUUGCAUCUUGAGCAUGAGAAAAGAGGAUUUGAAAAUAGAAGAAAAUUUGAUGUCUAAAGUGUAAAGGUGAAAAUGAAAUUCCCAGGAUAUCUAUUUGGACUUGCCCAAACCCCUCAAAGCCAUGGUAUCAAUAGUGUACAUCUGAGGUAGAAGGGGGAAAGGAGAACUGCUCUAAAUGCUCCAGCACACCUGGCUAAACAAUGCAUUGCACAGUUUAUAGCAUUCAGGGUAUGACUGCAUCCUAAUCAUCUGAUGUUUAAAAUACUUAAAGGGCACUAGACUGCUGUUUUGGCAAAGACAUUCUAUAACUCUUCCAGGUGCUCAAUAUUGUUCUUGCUCUAAACCAGUGGUUCCCAA